CUGCUUGGGCGGGCUAGAGGGGGGCGCCAGGCGGUGGCCGACCGGCCGGCCGGGAGGGAGGGAUGCCGGAGCUGGGGAGUGGAUUCUCCCGGGGGACGGGAAUCAGGAUCCAUCCCUGAAAGCCGGGAGAAGGGCUAGGCAUCAGCCCCCCCCCCCGGCUGUCUCCUGCAUCCCUCUUGAAUCAGCACCAUCACCAGCAGAAGCAGCGCCGCCUCCCCCGCCUGCUGCAAAGGCAGAAUCUAGAGGUACUCUUCUGUUCCUUCUAGAGGAGCCCUCAGGGCAUCCCUCCCCACUUUACUUGGCAUGAUGAUGUGCGAAGUGAUGCCAACCAUUAAUGAGGACAACCGCCGUGGUUCAGCCUAUGGGGCCGAUGAUGCCAAUUUCGAGCAACUCAUGGUCAACAUGUUGAAUGAGCGAGAACGGCUUCUGGAGACUUUGCGUGACACCCAGGAAAGUUUGGCUACCUCCCAACUCCGCCUGCGUGAAUUGGGUCAUGAGAAGGAGUCACUUCAACGUCAGCUCAACAUUGCCCUCCCACAGGAAUUUGCAGCACUUACUAAGGAGUUGAAUUUAUGUAGGGAACAAUUGUCAGAACGUGAGGAGGAGAUCUCAGAACUAAAGGCAGAACGGAACAACACACGGCUGCUGCUGGAACAUCUAGAAUGUCUAGUAUCACGACAUGAGCGUUCCCUUCGCAUGACUGUAGUGAAACGUCAAGCUCAGUCCCCAGCUGGAGUCUCCAGUGAGGUGGAGGUGCUGAAGGCUCUCAAGUCACUCUUUGAACAUCACAAAGCUCUGGAUGAGAAGGUUCGAGAACGGCUGCGAGUGGCAUUAGAGCGUGUUGCAGUAUUAGAGGAGGAGCUGGAAAUAUCUAAUCAAGAGUCUCUUUCCCUUCGAGAGCAACUUGCCCGACGUCGAUCUGGCCUAGAUGAUUCCAGCAAGGAAGGAGAUGCCCAAUUAUGUGCCAAUGGAUCUGGGGCUCUUGAUUUGGGGCGUGGAGGUCGGGAAUCUGAGCUAGAAGAGGUUUUGGAGCGCCAGAGAGGAGAACUAUCCCAGUUGAAAGAAAGACUUACCAUGCUCUGUCGGCAGAUGGCAGAGCUGGAGGAAGAGUUAGCCACAGCCCAACGAGAUGUUAUUAAGUCUGAAGAAAUUAAUGCCAAGUUACAAAGAGAUCUCAAGGAGGCAUUAGCUCAACGAGAAGAUAUGGAGGAACGAAUUACCACACUAGAAAAACGUUAUUUAAGUGCUCAGCGGGAGGCAACAUCCCUUCACGAUGUCAAUGACAAACUGGAAAAUGAGUUGGCCAGUAAGGAAUCCCUCUACAGACAAAGUGAAGAAAAAAAUAGGCAGCUACAAGACUGGCUGGAAGAUGCCAAGCAGAAACUUCAGCAGACUCUUCAGAAGGCUGAGACUUUACCUGAGAUAGAGGCCCAGUUGGCACAGCGAGUAGCUGCCCUUAACAAGGCAGAGGAGAGGCAUGGCAAUUUUGAAGAGCGUUUGCGUCAGCUUGAAGCCCAGCUGGAAGAGAAGAAUCAGGAACUCCAGCGGGCACGCCAAAGGGAGAAAAUGAAUGACGAACAUAACAAGCGCCUCUCAGAAACAGUAGAUAAGCUACUAUCUGAAUCCAAUGAACGUCUCCAGUUGCAUCUGAAAGAAAGAAUGGGGGCACUGGAAGAGAAGAAUACACUAAGUGAGGAAAUUGCCAACAUGAAGAAAGUACAGGAUGAGCUACUGGCAAACAAGGAGCAACUAUUGGCUGAGAUUGAGAGGAUGCAAAUGGAGAUAGACCAAUUACGUGGACGCCCAGUCUCUACCUAUUCUCGCAGUGCUGGUGUGGCAAGACGUUCAAAGAAGGGGCGCUGGACUGUCAAGGAUGAGGCUACCAAGGAGUGGGAGAGGGCUCAGCAGGCAGCUGGAGGCUCCUUUGAGGGUGGGCUGGAUGGUUCGGAUGAGGAUGAACGUGAUCCUCUCUUCAGCUCAGCUGAUCUGCUGUCUCCCAGCGGACAGGCUGAUGUACAGACCUUGGCCAUCAUGCUACAAGAGCAGCUGGAAGCCAUUAACAAAGAGAUCAAACUGAUCCAAGAGGAGAAAGAAUCCACUGAACAGCGAGCAGAGGAGAUUGAGAGCCGAGUAACCAGUGCCAGUCUGGAUGGAUCCUUGGGGCGCUACCGUUCAGGCACUUCCAUUCCUCCCUCUGUCACCAGUUCAACUCUUGCCAGCCCUUCUCCCCCCAGCAGUGGCCAUUCUACACCUCGCUUGGCACCCCACAGUCCAGCUCGUGAUGGAGAAAAAAUGAACCAUGUUGCCAAGGAAGAGAUGCGAAGCUCUGAGGAGAAGGCCUUAGCAUUAUGCGAACCCCCAACACCUGCAACCCCCCGUACAAUGCGUCUCGAACGUAUGACUCAAGCAUUAGCUCUACAGGCUGGAGCCCUGGAAGAUGGCAGGGACCUGAGGACCAGUCUGGGGGCAGAUGGCACGAAUAGCAGUCAGGAUUCCCUACACAAGUCCACCAAGAAGAAAAGCAUCAAAUCUUCCAUUGGGCGACUCUUCGGCAAGAAAGAGAAAGGGAGGCUGGGGCAGUUGGGCCGUGAGUCCCCCUCACUUGCUGGGACACCAUCUGAUGAGAUGUCACCUGCAGACCCCCUGGGCCUUUCCAAACUCUCAGGACCUGUGGACAAGGAUCGUAGGAACAAAAAGAAGCAUGAGCUGUUGGAAGAAGCUUGUCGACAAGGGUUGCCUUUUGCUGCCUGGGAUGGACCUACUGUUGUCUCAUGGCUGGAGCUGUGGGUGGGCAUGCCAGCCUGGUAUGUGGCUGCUUGCCGUGCCAACGUCAAGAGUGGUGCCAUUAUGGCCAAUCUGUCUGACACAGAAAUCCAGCGAGAAAUUGGCAUCAGUAAUCCUUUGCACCGGCUUAAGUUGCGUCUUGCCAUUCAGGAGAUGGUUUCCUUGACCAGUCCCUCAGCUCCUGCAACUUCACGUACAAUCCUGGCAUAUGGAGAUAUGAAUCAUGAGUGGGUUGGAAAUGAUUGGCUGCCUAGUCUGGGCUUGCCUCAGUACCGCAGUUACUUCAUGGAAUCUCUAGUUGAUGCCCGGAUGUUGGACCACCUUAACAAAAAGGAACUACGGGGCCAGCUCAAGAUGGUGGACAGCUUCCAUAGGGUGAGCCUUCAUUAUGGAAUCAUGUGCCUGAAACGUCUUAACUAUGACCGAAAGGAACUGGAAAGAAGACGAGAGGAGAGUCAGAACCAAAACAAAGAUGUGAUGGUGUGGUCCAACGAGCGCGUGAUGUGCUGGGUGCAAAUUAUUGGGCUGAAAGAGUUUGCCAACAACUUAGUUGAAAGUGGGGUGCACGGAGCCCUCCUGGCCCUGGACGACACCUUUGAUUGCAAUGACUUGGCCCUGCUGCUGCAGAUCCCAACCCAAAACACACAGGCUCGGCAGAUUUUAGAAAAAGAAUUUGGGAACCUCAUCACCAUGGGAACAGACCGGCGACUGGAUGAGGAUAGUGCCAAGACCUUCAGUCGUUCCCCAUCUUGGCGGAAGAUGUUUCGGGAGAAAGACCUCCGUGGUGUCAGCCCUGACUCAGCCGAGAUGUUGCCAGCCAAUUUCCGCACAGCCUCCGUGGCCUCCAUUACCUCACCCGGGGUGCAACUUCGUAAGAUGCAGCCAGAGGGGAACUCAUUAGGUAGCCAACGGACAGACAGUAUGUCAGUGAGAACGUAUUCCUGUUAAUGCCAAGAUGGAGGAGCUGCUGUCCCAGUUAUGUCUGACCUCCCUGCCUUGGGCAGGUAGACCCCUCUGUUGCCGCCGCCGCCUCUCCUUCUCCAUCAUGUGCUCACAUGAAGGUAUGAAGAGCUGCUGCUGCUGCUGCUGCUGUUAGCACCAUCGCCGCUGCUGCCACUGUUGCCAAGAAAAAAUAUGGAUGGGAGAUCCUGGACAUACCGACCAAUCAACUAAUCAACAACCAACCAACCAACCAAUCAACCGUGUUCCUCCCCAGUGCCCUCUUCCUAGUAGCAGCAGUGGCCGAUGGUCAAUGAUGAACUCAAAGGACUCAAGCCAAGGAGGGGCUCCUUCCCCAGUUGCAGAGGGAAAUGGCCUUCCACCUCGGCCUCUAUUUAUUGUUGUUGUUUGUUCCGGGCAGGGACAUAAGAAUGUGAAUGAGAAAAUGUGGUUGCCCACGCAUCCUAUCCCGCUGCUGUGCCACCAGGUCUUUCUGGUGGAGCAGGGGGAGGAGAAGCCUCUAUUUCCUGUUGCCAUGUGCCACAUAUUGGACCAAGCAGCCCAUCUUGGCCAGUUCCCCUUCCCUGCCCUGCCAUAGGUGCUAAAUGUUCCGCCAGCACUUUUCCUUUCCUUUCCUUUGCAUUGCUGCUAUGAAGGGGUCCAGUUUCAUCUCCUGAUGACAAAAAAAAAAGAUGGUUGUUCAAAGGCCAGUUCUUCCCUUUCCCUCCCCCCACCCGCCCUUUCCCAUCCUUCUUCUCAACAAGGGAAGAGCAUGGAAGCCAGGAGGAACAAAGCCAGUGUACCUCCCUCUGCUCACACCCACCCCAAAGAGCAAGUUGCCCCCAGGCCUGAUACACAGAGCUUCAAAUUUUGGAUGCCUGCUUCUUCUGUCCAGAAGCAAGUGCUUCUCGGCACAAGUCAACAAUUAAAAAGAAUCCCCCCUUUCUCUUCUUUUCCCCUUGCCUUUGCAGCUCCCUGUUCCUCCAGAUGAGAGAACGCCUGAGGAGGAAAGAGGACUAGAAGUUGUCACCCAAACUCUCUUGGUGCUGGCAUGAAGCAGUCCCAGUAGAUAGGUGGUCCAUCUGGUGUGAUGGAGCAUCAGAUUUUUUUUUCUUUUCCUUUUUUUUUAUGAGAGCAGAGAGUGGGGAAUUCAAGUCCGAGAUGCUCAAACUGGAAAGAGUAGACCUCAGCCUGUGAUGGUCACUGGAGUUAGGACUCUGGACUUUAUUGAUAUGGCACACAGAUCUCCCUUCCUCCAAGACUAUUGUAAUAUAAGAGUUGUAUUUUCUGUGUAUAUCUGUGCUGUGGAAUCUCGUGUAAAUUGAAUUUCUUUUUCGACCGCCAUUACAGGUUCUCUGUUAAUUUAAUAAUGUGUCCAGCUACCCCUCUGCCCUGCACGCCAAUAAUUUUUAUUUGAUGUUUAUAUAUUUCCACCUUUCUUUUUACAUUUUUAUUUCAGUUGUUCCCUCCAGGGAGAAUGUGUGGGUGUGAGGGGGCAAAGCAAAGGGGUAGUUUUGCAUGAAAAAAAAAAUGGGUAGGGGAGGGGAAAAAUACAAUCUGGGAAAUCAAAUCUGUCAGGGAGAUUGUGAGGGGUAAGCAGGAAGCUGAGGUACUGGAGGAGCUAUCUUCUGGUCCCCUUCGUUCCCGUUUGCUUCCAGGGA